AUGUCUACCUUUCCUCCUCCCCCGGUUAACACAAUCGACUGGUCAAACGUCGGCUUCAAAGUCCGGGAAGUCAACGGCCAUGUCGAAGCAACUUACUCUCGAAGCACCGGCAAAUGGACACCCCUUCGUUUCGUCGCAGAUCCCUUCAUGCGUAUCCACGGCAUGGCUCCCGCUUUAAACUACGGCCAACAAGCCUACGAAGGCCUCAAAGCAUUCCGUACCCCCAACGAUGCAGGAAUCACCAUCUUCCGACCCGAUCGUAACGCGAAACGGCUCCAGCAUUCUGCAGAGGUCGUCUCCAUGCCGCCUGUCCCCGAAGAUCUGUUCAUUCAGGCUGUUAAAGCUGCUGUUGCGCUGAACGCGGAAUAUGUUCCUCCCCACGAGACAGGCGCGGCGCUGUAUAUUCGUCCCCAGCUUUACGGAUCUAGCGCACAGCUUGGCUUGUCGCCGCCGGAUGAGUAUAUCUUUGCGGUGUUUGUCAUUCCUACGGGUGUGUACCACGGUGCUCAUCCCGUGAAGGCUCUUAUUUUGGAAGACUUCGAUCGUGCGGCGCCGAAUGGUACGGGAAAUGCCAAGGUGGGUGGAAACUAUGCUCCUGUGCUGCGAUGGAGUGAUAAGGCGCGUGAUGAAGGUUAUGGUAUCACGCUGCACUUGGAUAGUGUGCGUCACGAGGAGAUUGACGAGUUCAGCACGAGUGGAUUCAUCGGUGUUAAAGUGAAUGGUGGUGAGACUACGCUUUCUGUGCCGGAUAGCAAGAAUGUCAUCGACAGUGUGACAAGCGACAGUAUCCAAGAGCUUGGACGCAGUUACGGCUGGAAAGUUGAGAAGCGCGCAAUCAAGUACUCUGAACUGUCCGAGUUCAGUGAAGUUUUCGCAGCGGGUACUGCGGCUGCGCUUGUGCCUAUUCGAUCUAUUACGAGACGAGUUGGUGGUAAGGAGGAGGUUGCGACGUAUAUUCAGGAUGGGAAUGAGGAGCCUGGUCCGUUGUUUGAGAAGUUGCUUAAGCAUUUGCAGGAUGUUCAGCUUGGACGGGCGGAGGAUGCUUUUGGAUGGAGAGUUGAUGUUGGGGCUGGGGAUAGGGAUAUUGAGGGGAGGCCUGUUGGAGGGUAUGGGGAUGCUACGCCGCCUGUUGAUCAGAUGGAUUAG